AGCUACCUUGUGAUCACUUCCGUGUAUAGUGUACACAAAAAACUCGAACACAAAACAGAUUGGAGAUUGGCAAGAGUCAAAUAAUGACCUUUUUCAGUCAAGACAACGUAAAACACUUCGAAGUUCCAAGUGAAGAUGGAAAAAUAAAUACUUUAACGUUGUUAGAGGCAGCACGUGGGGUGGUGGAGAUGGUUUCUGCCUUUGGGAAAGCAUUUUCACCUGUGAAAAGUGACAUAAAUGGAAACAUCGAGAAACUGCAGAAGAAAUUCGAGAUGGACAAGGAAUUAUUUGUUACCUUAAAUGCCAUGCUAGACGAUGAGCUAGCAAACAAGAAGACUGAUCUUGCCAAAAUUGGAGGACUUUGGUUAAUGAGAGGGUUAAGAUUUCUGCAGAAAUUCAUGCAGUUAUUGAUUGAGGAGUAUAGAGAAGGAAGUAAAGAGGAGAACAUGAAACAGAUCAUAACAGCUGCAUAUGAAACUACUCUAAAGAAAUACCAUGGAUUUAUUGUCAAAAAGGUGUUUUCUGGAGUGUCAAGUUUAGCACCAUACAGAAAAGAUUACUUAUUGAAGAUGGCAUUUGGAAAGGAAGGAUUAGAGGAACAGGUUAUAAAUGACAUGGCGGUCUACUUAGAGACGAUGGAUCCCUUACUAGAUGCCUUGGGCCAGCUGUUCAAAGACAAAGGACUUGACACAGAUGAUAAAGUGUAAAAGUCCUGGACCAUCUAGAAAUCUUAUUGAGUAGGUUCCUGCCUUUGUUUUAAAUAACAAUGUGUGAUAUUUAUUAUUAUUUUUAUGAUGCUCUACUUACAUUUGACUAUGCAGCUUUCAUCUCAGAGACAGGAAAUUAAGAAAGAUCUGAAUCAUCAUGAAUUGUGUUAUAUAUUUAUUACAUAUCUAUAACAAUAGAAGUGGGUACUGUCGCAGAUUUUGUUUUAACUAGAGAUAUUGGAUAUAGUUUUGUAUAUAUUAUUUUAUACAAGAUUUGUUAAUGACCUUUUACAUCAAUUUCAUGAAUACAUUCCAGUUUUAACUAUGUGUAUAUAUACCCUUUACAAACAUGGAUGUACAUGUCUUUCAUGGGUUAAUAUUGUUAUUUAUUGCACAGUAUUUCAGUUCUUGUUUCUCUGUACAUCAAUAAAACUUAAAACACGACAAAUUCAAAGUGUAUUUUUACAAAACUAAAAAAAAUUUGCUACCAUUGUAUGUUGCAGUUACAGGUUAUUUUAAAACCCAGUGCAGCUUUUUAUUGUGUGUGUUGCAAUAAACUUCCUAAUACAAAACUAUUCAUAAGCUUUGUCAGUAUUUAUUGAUAGCUACAAAACAAAGAGAAGCACUGUUUGGUUAACUGAUGUUUCAUAUUUCAUUACUUAAAAUCUUAUUUCUCUGAUAAUGUAUAUUUACAUAUUGUAAUAAUUCUGAAUUCUCUGCCAUUUGCCUGUAUUGUACACAGUGUACCUAUGAGCCACAGGGCUCCUUUGGUCAAUGAAUAAAUAAAUAAAACAAAA